CGCGCCCACGCCGCUCCGGCCGCCACCGCCACCGCGUGCGCCCACCCAAUGCUGAAGCUGUGAUAUUCGUACAAAACCAAAGGCCCCAGGCCAUGUCUCAGAGCCGGCGAAGCGAGAGGCCCGAGACGCAGCCGCCCGUACCGUUAUGAGAGACAAUCAGAGCGUGCCUGACUCGUGUACAACAACAAAUAUGUUCGACAUGUCAAUUCAGGAGGUGAACGGGAAGGGUCCCAAGAAGAGGAAAAAGUCGUUAGAGCGUAUCUGUGAUAAUGAGGGGCGGGAGGAUCUGGUCGCGCGCGAGGCCGGACCCGCGGCGGCGGCGGGCGCGCGCGGCGUGCGCCUGCUGCACUGGCGGGACAUGCCGCAGCACCUGCAGUUCAACCCCUACGUGCUCACCGGCUACCGGCCGCUGCAGAGCUGGGCCGGCUGCGUCGGCAGCCUCUUCUACUUCCACAACGAGACCAUUAAUAUACUUACGCACGGUGUAUCCCUAGUGUAUAUGAUAAUGGUGCUGCCAGGCCUGCUGCCGUGGGGCGGCGGCGGCUCCUGGUUCCUGUCGCUGUGCCAUCUACUGGGCGCGCUGGCGCCGUGGUGCGGCUCCUUCCUGUACCACCUGUUCAUGAACCACACGCGCGGCGAGGCCAUGUACCAUCGCCUGCUGCAGCUGGACAUGCUGGGCAUCUGGGUCAGCCAGAGUAUAGGCGCGAUCCCGAUGGUGACGGCGACGGUGUACUGUGCGCCCGCGCCGCUGCGAUACGCCGCGCUCGCCGUCUACUCCGUCGGCAGCAUCGUCGGGCUCUAUAAGGCGAUGCGCGCGUGGUCUCCCUGGGAGCGGCGGCUGUGCUUCGCGGCGCCGUUCUGCAUGCGGCUGCUGCUGGCCGGCGCACGCGCAGCGCGCCUCGGCGGCGGCGACCCGCACGCCAUUCUGCACGUCUUCCUACAGGAUGCGGUCUCGUUGGGAGGUGGCGUCAUCGGAGCCAUGCACAUCCCGGAGAAGUGGUUCCCGGGGGCCGUGGACCGCUGCCUCAACUCGCAUAACAUUAUGCACGUGCUCGUGGUCCUGGCCGUGUACUCCAUGCACCAGGUGACGACCCGUGACCUGGCAUGGAUGUCGCGCGUAGAGUGCCACGCGCCGCUGCGCCACCUCUGACGCCCGGCCCUCCGUCGCGCCCACUCCUGCGCAGCCUCGCACUGCUGAUCUAGACCCAACCCUGAAUAAGGCCCUCUUUCCCACUGGGCACUCUGGGUCACUCAGCGCCCAGUGGGAACGAAGAAUAGGGCUUAACUGCUCUCAUAAAAAUUAAACAGUCACUUGUGAAUACUAAAGUACGCAAUCGCUGAAGAGUUAUAUAUUUUUGCAAUUUCCCUUUUUUUAAGAUAAAGGUAUUUUAAUGGCCUGGAGGCCCCGAUUAAAGACGACCUUGAAUUCGCAGCAGCACAUUCCAAAACGCGAAAGAAGUAGAAAAAAUAGUUGAAAUUAGACCUUUGCAUUUCUGAAACUCGGAUCGAUUUACCAUUAAAGGAAGCCUUUCGUUGCUUUAGUUGAGUACCCAAACGAACUGAAAACAAAGACGUGAAGGUUCAAAAUUUGCUAUAGUUUUGGGUUUGUUUGCUACGAAAAAAAUUACAUCUGUGCUUAUCACUGAGGCAUAAGUACGCAGGUGGCACCAGCUCAUAUGCUUUUUCUUUCGCCUUUCCUUGUCACCUGUCUUCUGCCUACACUGAACGGACCCCGUAUAUUUAAACUAUAGUUUGUAACUAAACUAUGGUGCAUUAAUAAACUAUGAUUCCCUAUUUACUUGUUGCGGGUCUGAAUCUCCGAAGUCAACAUCGUGGAAUGGAAAAUAACACAAAAUUAAUGUAGGUCAAGCCAUUGUUAAUUUUGUAAACGUCCCAAAAAUAAGUUAAACUCUUUUUGAAUUCCAAAAGUUACCUACAAGUUAUGGAUAAAAUAAAGAUAAAAACUUGACGCUGAGAAAAAAUAAGGAAU